AGCCGCAGCCAGCCGAGAGACUUUUAAAUGUCCGCCAUGUUGUCCAUGGCGCACUGAGCCAGCGGCAGCCGGAGCACAGAGCGACCGACGCCCGGGCCUUCCCCCGGCGACGCCCUACACAACAAACGUUAGAGACUCUAAGCGCACAGAAACAUCCAUGAAAACUCCACUCGGCACCGUGGUGACCGUUCGGAGAUCGGAUAGAUUUCUGCUGAAAAAAUGAGCAAACUGUCGUUUCGGGCGCGAGCGCUGGACGCGUCCAAGCCGCUGCCCGUCUUCCGCUGCGAGGAUUUACCCGAUCUGUCCGAGUAUGCCUCCAUUAACCGCGCCGUGCCGCAGAUGCCCACGGGGAUGGAGAAAGAAGAGGAAUCGGAACACCAUCUUCAGCGGGCAAUCUCAGCGCAGCAGGUAUAUGGCGAGAAGCGGGACAACAUGGUCAUCCCGGUGCCCAAGGCAGAGAGCAACAUCACAUACUACGACUCCCUCUACCCUGGGGACUACAAGAUGCCAAAGCAGCUAAUUCACCUACAACCUUUCAGCUUGGACACAGACAAACCUGACUAUGAUUUGGACUCUGAUGAUGAGGCCUUCAUCAUCAAGCUGACAAAGAGGCUCGACAUAGACCUCUUGCAGUUUGAGAACAUGAUUGACCGGUUGGAGAAAGGCAGCGGACAGCAGCUGGUGAGUCUUCCAGAGGCCAAACUGCUGCUGAAAGAAGACGACGAGCUAAUUAAGGAAGUGUUUGACUACUGGAGCCGCAAGAGGAAAAUCAGCAAGGGCAGUUCACUCAUCCCCAUCGUCAAGCAGGAGAAACGGGACGGUUCUAGUACCGGUGACCCCUAUGUGGCCUUCAGGCGCCGGACUGAGAAGAUGCAAACAAGGAAGAACCGUAAGAAUGAUGAGGCCUCGUAUGAGAAGAUGCUGAAACUCCGCAGAGAUCUCAGUCGAGCCGUCACCAUCUUGGAAAUGAUCAAGAAGAGAGAGAAGAGUAAGAGAGAACUGCUGCACCUCACACUGGAAAUCUUUGAGAAGAGGAAUGCCAUGUCAGAUUUUGGUGGUGAGGUCAUGGCAGAGGUGCUGGCUGAACGAGCGCUGGUGAGGCCGCAAAUUAUCCCCCUGGUCCCCCUCACCAACCAGUACAGACAUCAAGACCACAUGGACCACAAGGACUACAAGUCCAAGCCUGAGAAGACGGACGUUCCCCGGCAGAAGAGGAAAUACGAGAAGAAGCAGAAGGUGCUUCCUCUGUCGUCGGGCAUCCUCCACCAUUCAGGUCCAGCUGUGUUUAACGCCAAGGACCUCAACCAGUAUGACUUCCCCAGCUCUGAUGAAGAGCCUUACUCCCAGCUGCACUCCGGCUCGUCAGAAGCAGAGGAGGAGAGUGAUCCAGAUGGUGUUUAUGCCUUUCGUAGGAAAGCAGGCUGUCAGUACUACGCUGACCGUGUGGGCAGCUGGCCGUGGUGUGGACCCUGGGAGGGCGGCCUGGCGGGUGCUCGCUAUCGUUACAGUCUCACCACGCUGACUGUGCCACAGCGCUGCCUGGGCAUGGCUCGACGACGCGUGGGACGAGGAGGAAGGGUGUUGCUGGACAGAGCAUACACGGAUGUUGACAGUGUUUGUCAUGGACUGGAUCCAGAUCCACCCUGUCCUGCGGCUUCUUCUUUAUCGGCCAAUGACAAGUUGGCUAGUACCUCAGAAACUAAUACCUCGGACAGAAGUUCCUCCUCCAGUCGGUCUCUUUUCCAAGCCCCUUGCACGGACCUCAGUCAGAUACUGUUGAAUAUAAAGGCACGUCGUUGGCGGCACUUUAGACCACGGACACUACCACUACACAAGCUGGACAACGCCCACCCUCUAUUCAGGAGGCUGAGUCGAGGCCUGAAGCGCAGAGUCUCUACCUCUACAGUCAGGGGACAAUUCUGUGGCUCCGCUCGCCCAGGAAGGGCUGUCCCAGCGUCUGCGCCCAUUGCUGCUUUCACAGCUGAACAGUACCAGCAGCAUCAGGAGCAGCUGACUCUGAUGCGCAAACAGCAGCUGGAGCAAAUCCAGCAGCAACAGCAAGCAAACAGCACUGCCAACAGCACACAGAGUCCGGUGAAUACGUUGGACCAGGCUGGUGCUCAGUUUGCUGCCUCGGCCGUUGUCACCGCUAACCAACUUCUGGCUCUAAAAACAAAGGAGGAGCUAGUCCUUGGAGGUGGAGUCAAUGGCAUCCUCUCCCCCUCAGGUAUCAGCGGCAGUGUUUACAAGGGCUUGCACCUCUCGAGCACAGCAUCUCCUUCCCCCGCAGCCCCAGCUCCUCCCACUACAGCUCAGCGUCCCACCUUGCUCCACCCCUGCACCACGUCCACCUCCUUGUCCGCUACAGUUAAAAACAACGGCAGCACCCACCCCGCCAACGCCACUACAACAAACAUCACCACCACCACUCAGGUCCUGCUGGGGAACAACAGCAGCUUCCGUCUGGGCGUUCCCACCAGCAAGCGCGUCCACGCUCCCCGGACACUGAGCGCCACCGUGUCAACAUCAGCCUUAAAGCUCGCAGCUGCUGCUGCCGCAACCGCGAACUGUCAGAAACCCAAGGUCACGGCGGCCUCGCCCUCACCAUUGGACAUCGUGCCCAGGGAAAAUCACGAACAAGACCAGCCAGCACUGAACAGUCUGUCGGAGAACACAGUGGCCAUGGAGGUUACGUAGCAUCCUGAACACAGCGCACUUUGUCGCCUUUUUUUGUUUUGUUUUUUUUUUGAAAGGUGCUAUGCAUCGUUUGGCGGUCAAGAAUGCAACCGGUGGGCAGAAAGCGCACGGCAAAACUGGGUUUCCAUGGCUACUGUUUUUUGGGACUUAAUUGCAAUGCUCCUGUCAUACCCCCCUCCCCCACCCCCAUUUGUUACUGUUAAUAAGAGGUCGUCUGUAAAUUCUUAAUAUGACAAUUAUGUGUACAGUACUGCAUAUUUGUAUUGCUCCUCCCUCACCGCCCCUGUUCUUGUAUAUAACAUUACUUGAAUACAAAUUGUUCAUUUGUGAUGUUUUGCACUUGAUAU